CUUGUUUUCCGAUGCAGAUGCUGAUGUUGAGUUCAGUUUUUGACUUUCUUUUAUUCCCUGGUAUAUAUAGAUCAUAUCUUCUGUUCUUGUUUUGUUAGGAAAAAGGAAAAAUGAUGUCGCUUAGUUCUGUUUUCGUAGUAGAGUUGCUGGUCUUCUUCAUUGCUAGUAUUCCGCAGCCACAUUUAUUUGUUCGUUUUUCGGUGCAAGCUGCAACUGUUCAACACGAGCGAAGCGAAAAUUUUGAUGCGUCGCAAAAUGAAGAUCUGCCUUCAUCACAGAAUGAUCAUUAUGUGCAUUCCGCUUCCACCCGCACCCCGUCUUUGCCAAAGUUGGAGCGCUUCAAGGUGAACGGUUUUUUAGCCGCGGUAGCGCGGAAGUAUUUGCGUUGGGAAACCGUUACGGAAGAGCAAAUUGGCGAUAUACUGCUGGAACAACGUGGUGACAGUGGUCAUGAUCACAACAGAAACCACGCAUCUGUCUCUGCAAGUUCAUCUCCAUCCAGUUCUUUUUACCCCGCAUCAACCACCACUAGCGAAGAGUUCCUGGAAGUCCUGGCCGACGCAAUCACAGACGAAAUUCUCGCGAAAAACGGCGUCGCGCGAAAAGCUAGACUGGCAGAAAUAAAAACGCAAAACACGGCCAAGGAGAAAGAACGAGACCUAUUAUCGUCGUCGCACAACUUGGCCAUCGAGGAGCAGAAAUGGUGCGAAGUGAUCCGCACGACCGAGGAGCCGGACGUGCUGCUCUGGCCCGCGCCGCCGCGGACCGGCAGCACCAGCAGUCACAGCGCAAUCAUCCAGGGCCCGCCGCGGCGGAAAUUGGGGGUGAACUGGACCAUUCUGCCGACGGAAUUCCGAUUCGGGGGCAUGUGGUUCUGGCGACAGAACGAGGAGCACACAGAUAUUCAUCAUGGAGGGAGCAGGGAAAGUGGAAAGAAACAGGCACGCCAGAUGUCCGAGAAGGAGAAAUUCCCGCUCUUGCUCACGGAAUUCGCCCGGAUCUUGCGGAUGGGCGUGUGGGGACACGACGAACAGGAAGUAGACAUCGUCACACACCAACAGAGCACCAAAGAGCAUGAGGCGAUGGCCACUCCGACUUCGCUUACGGACGGCGCACAAGCACUGUUGGAGUCGGACGAGUCGUCUGCUGUUAAGAAUGCAGUGUCCUCUGGUCGCCCCCCUGGUCUUAGAAGAGAGGUGGUGGGAAACCUGAUUGAGCGCGUGGCCCCGGAGCUGUACGACGAAGAUCCAGAUGGCUUCAACGUGACGGAAUAUUGGCGCUGGGCGGUGUCGCAGAAGUUGGCUCCGACGAGGAAGAAAGGCAAAGCGUUUCUGCUGGAGCACUACGAGCACGUGGACCUGGAGAGAGUCUUCGACGACCUCAGCGCAAGGUCGAACAACUACCGCUUUCGGUUUCGGAACGGGCUCGCGUUGCGGGGUCGCAGUGAAAGAAGUAGAAGUGGGCUCGUGCAGCUGCCCUCACCGGCUGUAGCGGGGCAUGUUUUUGAACAGAAGCAGGAACACCAGGAGCUGCAUCAUCAGGGUGGUACAGAAGAAGAUGGGAGCAGUAAGAACGCUAUCACCUAUCAAUACGUUUCGAACCUGCGCGAAUGCAGCUCGCAGUCCGUGUCCACUUUUCGCCAGAUCACGCACCACCACGAACAGGGCGCUUUCGCCGACAUUCUGCACAACCAGCGGGAGUUGUUUGGACAUCAAUUCGAAAGCACGACUCCUGAUGUUGUUGAACAGCGAGGAGACUUAUACCCCUACGAGUACCGGCAUCUGUUUCCGGCCUUGGACGACGCUUUUUUUCUCGACGGCCACGAUGUGUUGAACGCCGCCAUGCACCAGGAAUUUCUGCGCAGAAGGCUGCUGAACACGGCAGCACAGGAACAGCGGAAAAAUGACGACAAAAAUGAUUAUGGCGCAGCAGAAGCAAUAACCAAUCGAACGCUCGAGGAGCUUCCGUUCUCCCAUCCGGAAAAGCGGCAGUCACUGAUGACCAAUGUGGAGCGGUUUUUUUACGGCGCCAGCAAAGUGAAGCAGGCGGGUCCGCUGCCGUUCACGUUCGGCCAGAAAGUGUCCACCGCUUUGCACGGGGAAAAUGUGUUUCUUUCCCCUCUGCAAGAGCACCUCGUGUAUGCAUUUUUGCAAAGAUGGCGUCGUCUCUGGAAAGAUGUAGUGUUUAGGAAAGAUGUUGAGGUGUAGUUGAGAGUUCGCGGAUGAAAAGCAACCUCCAUCAAUACGGAGCCGCGCAUGGCAAGUUUUUGGCCCACUUCGUCUUGAUGCGCCAACCACAUGACAAAUCGUGCAUCUCCAUCUUCCAGACCCAGACAUGAUUGCAUUUGAUAGCUUUGGGAUGGAGGAAUUCGAACAGAUGGUGGACUCCGACGCGCGGGUCUGGGAGGUGUAUGAAUUGCAAAUCUGUCGGGAUCUGGAAAGUAUAGAACUUGUGAUGGUGGUCUUACAUUCCUGUGAAAUCUGUAUUGCAUAUCGACCAACUAAAAUGGCAGCCUGUUCUAUGACAGAAAGAACGCAGCUUCUUCGUGCGGCCUGAGUAUGAGAAAGCGUUCUGCGAAUUGCAAAUUUGUCAUGCUUGGCUGCAUUCCGAGGCGUUUUCAUCAUCCACAGGUCAGCAUCGCAACUUUCCGGACCACGUCCACGGAUUUUUGCACUUCAUAAGGUACCGCACGAGACCAUUCAGGCUGGCGAGUUCGCCGUUCUGAAGAGAUCAAAGAAGGAGAGGGUGGAGGAUGUUGGCGCUCUUCCGACGCAGGACCACGACGAACAAGAGAGAAAUUAUAGCCGCGACCCGGACCCGACUACUCUCGACGGGAAGAUGGACACUGGUCCAGUACAGCAGCACGACCCUAUGCAUUGCAAGUAUCCCUGGAUCUGGUCUGGAAGGAUGCAACUUGUGACGCUGCCCUUGGAUUCCAAAAGAAUCUGUAGUGCGUGAGCAGCAAGAGGAGCCCGGUUUUUGCUCUCAUGCGGGAUAAACAUAUGCAAAGGAGCGCCCUCAGAAAACUUGUGAUGCUACGACAUGCAUCUUCACAGACACUAUCAGGCAUGGUAAUUAUGCAACACAAGUUUGCAUCCUUCCAGACCCAGAUCGAUAUUUGCACUGGAUAGACCCCGAUCAAGUACAACUUGAACUUCCCGAUAAUUUUCAGCCCGCCGUGGACUUGGACUUCGAUAGACACAGCAAGUACGAACAGUACACGAAUUUGAAAAAGCAAAUGCUGGCCGCAGACCGGGAGCUGCAGUUGCAGCAAAAAUUGCGCGGCGCGCCGUUCCCGAAGCACUUGCUGCAAAUGCACGAGACCAAGACGACACGGGUGCUCGGCGCUGCUACAGCGGAAGCAGGUCGGGACCAGAGUGGUGCGGUUUUGAAAAGUGCUAGUGGGUUGAAAGUGAAAAACUUCUGCUCCGCCAACUCCAUGCUGCGGUUCUUUGGUUGCAGUCUGACUUCUUCGCGUUUCGGAGGGGGUGCUCCUGGCAACUCCACGUGGUUCAACGCGAGCUUCCACGCGGAGGCGGGCAACUUAGUCACGGACUUAGCCACACAGUUUGGGAAGUUUUCCUUGCAGACAAACUUGAUCAGUGGCAGAACCGGCGAGGUGUUUGCGGAAAACGAGAAGGCAAGAGGCUCAUCUUUGGGUGGUGAGUAUGAAGGAGAUCAAGGCGAAGGUAGUCGUGCAACUAUGGAGACUCAUCCUCGAACAGAAUCCACAGUUCCCAAGACCGUCGCAUCAGCUGCUCCACCGAAAGAUGAAUCACAAGUUCUUCAACAUCGUGAAGAUCAUCCGCGACAGGGACUACAGCCUGGUGUUGACCUGCGUCGGCAGCUAUCCACUGCAAAUAUGUCCGAGCCUGGAAAGGCCGUGCAGCAAAUUUGUCUUGCUGAGUCUUGCAUCACACAGCGGUCGCUCAUACGGCAGUAAGUACGGCACGGCAAGUUUUAUUUACGCGGCUUUUCGCUGAUUCUUUCGCACAUCGCAUGACAAACUGGUUCCCGGUACCAGUACGACAAAAAUUCUCGCCACUCUUUUCCAUGCAUUAUACAGAUCGUGUUUCCCUUCGAAUCGCGCAUGAAAAACGACAUAUUUUCAAUGCAUAGCAGCGUAUUUCUGGUGGGAAGCUGACGCCGCAGUCUCCGGUGCAUGAUACCUUCGGAAAAGGGUACUCGCACUUCAAAGACUUGUCUGUUGCAGAAGACGUAAAGACGUUCGAAAAAGCAGUGGAGCACGUCCUGCUGGAGGCAAAGAUGAACUCAAGGCCGGACGAUGACAAGACCGCACGUCCCAGCGAAGAUGAGUUUGGCCGCGGGGGUGCACGACGGACACCAGCGACGACCGGUGGCGGUUUCGCCAUCAUCGGCGUUCUCGAUGAGUACGAGAAGCUAAUGGAGUAUGGAGCUGUCAGGUUUGAAAUCGUCAAAGUUGAAAUAGUUUGUCAUGCAUAAAAUGCAUGACCCGAGGCGCGUGUGUUGCAGAGCAGGCAAGUGAGGCCGAUUGUAAGCCUGUUUGGGGUUACAGCUCGAGCUGCUAAAGUAACAUGAGAAAAUCGCUCUUAUUUGCCUAAACAGCAUGUCAUGCGCCACUUGGAAACUGGGUUCCAAGAACUGGCAUCCAUUUUAUGCAUGACAAACUAUUUCAACUUUGACGAUUUCAAACCUGACACAUCCAUAUGGAGAUGCUGGAGUGCGUUUUCCCGACCUUUUUCCGCGACGGGCGGCAAACCCUGAAAGCCGGGAAACUCGCCUCGAACUCUUAUCGAGGCGGGGCGUAUGCAUUGCAAAUAUGUCUGGGUCUGGAAGGAUGCAAGGUUUGUCAUGCUUGUCUGGCAUGAGUGAAGAGUUUGUGAUGCGUGUCCAGGAAGAGACCCUUUUGCUUGUCAUGCAAAGCGCAGUUUGUCAUUCGGAGAGCGCAACACUAAGCGACGCGAAUAUUUUUCAUGCAUGGCUGUGCAUUACAGAGAAUUCACGAUUCACAACUCAGCAUUACAAGUUUCUAGGCCCAGAUAUAUUUGCAUUUGAUAGGGCCGGCGAGUACUUUCGCGACCGGGGCAUUGUGGCGGAGGUGCGCAAGAAGGGAAGCGACGACGUCGGGGAUCAGGGAGAAGGGGUAGAUGAAGUAGAAAAUGAAAAGAAUAAGAAUGAGAAUCCCGACGAAGUUCCGCAUCAACAGGCGCCUUCCGCCUUAGCGGCGGGCAGGCGGAAGCGCUACAAGCGGCUGGAUUUUCUGCUGGACUUCGUCUUCGGAAAGUUCAGUGCGGAAGCGACGGUUUCGGAGUUUCUGAAGUUGGCAAGGAAAUUUCUGACAGAAAGCAUAGCAGCAAGCACGGAGCUGCACGACUCGCAGAAGGUGCGUGGAGGAACUCCUGGGAGUGCUGUUGUAGAGCAAGAAGACCUUGUUCAGCUUCAAACCGCAACCAGCAGAGCUUCGGACGUCCACACACAGGCAGUUCUUACAACCGGAUCUCCUCCGAGUAGUCUCGCUGGGAAAGAGCAGCGCAAACUUCUUCUGUUGCGGGAUCGCGUGGAGAAAUUACAAGAAGUUCUGUCUACCUCACAGCACCAGCCACAGAGGACCUUGGAAGAAGUUUUCCAAGCGGCGCAUGAGCAAGUAGAGGAACAUGGUCAGCAUGGUCAACAUGCUGUUGCUGGGGCUGUCGCGAUGAACAUACUGCCCGGGGGUAGUUUUUCUGCCCGAAAUGACACAGCCCUGCUCAACCUGCGGUACCAGCUUGUGUCGCUCUGGAAUGAAGUGUUCCCGGAAAUUCUCCAGCUUGGGCCAAAGUUCCCGCUGGCCCGGGUCCGCACGUUUCACCCGUUUCUGGACAGUAACGCGAUGCGGUACAUAUCGAAUCUGGAAAAUCAUAAAACCGCACAGGAGCAGCUGUUUUCGAAGUUCAUGCGGAAACUCUUUGGCGGUUGGUGCAGGGGCAGUCCGGACGAUUUGCUGUACCGAAUCGCGAAAAAAAGGUUUCUGAGGCUGUAUGAACACGCGCGAAGUCAAAUUUCUACCGCAGGCACAGAUGGUGACAAGAAGGCGAGUCGCAGUCAGGACAUUUUAAACAGUCCGUGUUGUAGGAAAUUCGUUGCGUGACCAAGAACAACACAGUUUCACGUUCAGAGGAGAGCUGUUGGCUCCGACUUUGUUUUCUGCAGCUGGUACUUGUUUCAUUCUCUCCACUGCCUGCAGACUUUUACUGUGUUGGCCAUUUUUGUUGAUACGGUAAACCCACUUUAAUAUCUACUACUAGCUCCACUACUUUUACCGUACGACGAGCAGAUAACAAAAAUCAAAUGCAUCUCUGUCAUCAAUGUCUGCAAG